AAAGCUUAAUACAUUGGGUGUAAUAAAAGAAAGAAAAUGGGAAGGCUAUUUUUUAUCAAUCUUGAAGGAAACUUCUACUGCUGCAAGCACUGUAGAACUCAUUUUGCUCUCGUCAGGGACAUUCUCUCUAAGUCUUUUCACUGCAAGCAUGGAAAGGCAUAUCUCUUUAAUAAUGUUGUUAAUAUCACAGAAGGAGAGCCAGAGGAUCGAAUGAUGAUGACUGGAAUGCAUACUGUUGCUGACAUAUUCUGUGUUGAUUGUGGUUCAAUUGUGGGAUGGAAAUAUUUGUAUACACAUGAGAAGUCCCAGAAGUACAAGGAAGGGAAAUUUAUCCUUAAGAGGUUUAAGGUUUUAGGUCCUGAUGGAAACAACUACGUGAUCAGUCAAGAAGCUCAGGCUGUUGAAGAAAGUGAUGAUGAUGCUUGAUUGGCCUUUCAGUUUAGAAUGAUUUACAUAAACUGUACAUGUUCUUCUUCUCGUGUUGAUUCUCAUGCCUGCUA